UUCUUAAAACUUGCAAAUACUGUGCCGAAAUUAACUUCUCCCCAGAAUAAAAAGGAGAUUUGGGAAAGUCACAAAAUGAAUAAAAUCUUGUCAUUACGUCUUAUAUCACCUGCACUUUUAGACACAACUGCAUUUUCAUGCAAAACUCUGUCGAAUACAGUUGCCAAUGGUAGCAGGUGUCUAAGCACAAAAGAUCCUAAAAAGAACAAGAACAUUGAAGUAAAUCCAUUGUUUACAAAUAGGAAUCCCAGGGCUUUGGAACAGAUGGGAUUAGAACCAAAGAGAAAAGGUUGGAAGUUUCAGGCACCAAGAAAAGAUUUUUACCACAGGCUAGUGUACGACUCCAAAAAAACCAAGGCAUAUAUUGAACAUUGGAAAGGGAAGAUAGUACUAGAAGCAUCAUCCUCGGAACCAAAUGUUUUAAAAUACUUAUAUAAUGCCCAGGAUGUAAGUGCUAAUCGUAAUAUAGGACAUCUUUUAGCACGAAGAAUGUUAGAGGCGGGAAUCACGAGGGUGUUUUACGAGGCUGAAGCUGAUGAUGCUACCUCUUUGAAGAGGGCUGCUUUUCUUCAAGCUCUCAAAGAAAACGAGAUUGAAUUAAGUGAACCGGAUGAGGUCGUGCAUGAAGUAAUUCCUGGCAUAGAUUAUGAGGGUUAUAACAGGCUGAAUGAGCAGAAGGUUUACAAGACCAGUUACCAGUAUUUACAUAAGAAGUCGGGCAGGAAACUUCAUCGUAGUCAUCCUUUGAGUAAGAUAAAAGUUAGACCACCAAAAUUUGAGAUGUAGAAAGUGAAAAACAGGACAUGUGUAGAAUCUUCCGAGUGAUUGAAAGCAGUUUAGAAUUUCUUGCAUGGCGUACAUAUAUAUUUAAUACACUUGGAAAAAUUAAAAAUCAAUGAUCAUAACAAUACAUUCCUAAACAGAAAAAGUUAAAAUUUAUUAUAUUUAACUUAAGCAUGCACUAGUUUAUUGUGAAAUAUUUAUAUUUGAUGUUGAGAGUGAUUGUGCGAUAUAAAAUACCCAAUAUCGUUUUUAAGAAGAAAAAAAAUGAUAGAAUAUACUUUCAAAGUCA